GCUUUCCAGCCCCAACCAUGCAUAAAAGGGCUUCGCCGUUCUCGGAGAGCCACAGAACCCGGGCCACAGGCAACUCCCCGCCAGCUCUCCUCCUCGCACAGCCGCCCGACCAGCCUGCUGAGCCCCAUGGCCCGCGCCGCGCUCUCCGCCAUCCCCAGCAAUCCCCGGCUCCUGCGGGUGGCGCUGCUGCUCCUGCUUCUGGUGGCCGCCGGCCGGCGCGCAGCAGGAGCGCCCAUGGCCACUGAACUGCGCUGCCAGUGCUUGCAGACCCUGCAGGGAAUUCACCUCAAGAACAUCCAAAGUGUGAACGUGAAGUCCCCUGGACCCCACUGCGCCCAAACCGAAGUCAUAGCCACACUCAAGAAUGGGCAGAAAGCUUGUCUCAACCCCGCAUCCCCCAUGGUUAAGAAAAUCAUCGAAAAGAUGCUGAAAAAUGGCAAAUCCAACUGACCAGAAGGAAGGAGGAAGCUCAUUGGUGGCUGUUCCUGAAGGAGGCCCUGCCCUUAUAGGAACAGAAGGGGAAAGAGAGACACAGCUGCAGAGACCACCUGGAUUGCGCCUAAUGUGUUUGAGCAUCGCUUAGGAGAAGUCUUCUAUUUAUUUAUUUAUUUAUUUGUUUGUUUUAGAAGAUUCUAUGUUAAUAUUUUACGUGUAAAAUAAGGUUAUGAUUGAAUCUACUUGCACACUCUCCCAUUAUAUUUAUUGUUUAUUUUAGGUCAAACCCAAGUUAGUUCAAUCCUGAUUCAUACUUAAUUUGAAGAUAGAAGGUUUGCAGAUAUUCUCUAGUCAUUAUGUUCAUAUUUCUUAGUGAUGACAUAUCAGGUCAGCCACUGUGAUGGAGGCUGGGGAAUCCAAGAAAAUGGCCAGUGAGAUCAAUGUGAGGGCAGGGGAAUGUAUGUGUGUCUAUUUUUGUAACUGUAAAGAUGAAUGUCAGUUGUUAUUUAUUGAAAUGAUUUCACAGUGUGUGGUCAACAUUUCUCAUGUUGAAGCUUUAAGAACUAAAAUGUUCUAAAUAUCCCUUGGACAUUUUAUGUCUUUCUUGUAAGGCAUACUGCCUUGUUUAAUGUUAAUUAUGCAGUGUUUCCCUCUGUGUUAGAGCAGAGAGGUUUCGAUAUUUAUUGAUGUUUUCACAAAGAACAGGAAAAUAAAAUAUUUAAAAAUCUAAAA